CGAAUGGACCCGACGGGAGGAAACGCCGUUAGUCAGUAAGUUGAAGAAGAAAGUGUGAUCGUCCAUGUCUGCAGCACAAACAUCCACACGCUGACACGGUCACUGGCAGCCAUGUCGAGGGAGAACACCACCCGGAGCCUGGACACUAUAGACCUGGCAGCUCUACGAGAUCCAGCAGGUAUCUUUGAGUUGGUGGAAGUUGUCGGCAAUGGAACCUACGGUCAAGUUUACAAGGGUCGUCACGUCAAGACAGGCCAGCUGGCAGCUAUCAAAGUCAUGGACGUCACAGAGGAGGAAGAAGAGGAGAUCAAGCUGGAGAUCAACAUGUUGAAGAGUUACUCCCACCACAGAAACAUCGCUACCUAUUACGGAGCUUUUAUUAAGAAAGAGCCUGCUGGACAGGACCACCAACUCUGGUUGGUGAUGGAGUACUGUGGAGCCGGCUCAGUGACAGACUUGGUGAAGAAGACUAAAGGAAACUGCCUGAAGGAGGACUGGAUAGCUUAUAUCUGCAGAGAGGUGCUCAGGGGUCUUUCCCAUCUUCACUCCCAUCAUGUGAUUCACAGAGACAUUAAGGGACAAAAUGUUUUGCUCACAGAGAAUGCUGAAGUCAAACUGGUUGACUUCGGAGUGUCGGCUCAGCUGGACAAGACCAUUGGUCGGAGGAACACCUUCAUUGGUACCCCCUACUGGAUGGCUCCAGAGGUCAUCGCCUGUGAUGAGAACCCCGAUGCCACAUAUGACUACAGGAGUGACCUCUGGUCUUUAGGCAUCACCGCAUUAGAGAUGGCCGAAGGAGCCCCUCCUCUGUGUGACAUGCAUCCCAUGAGAGCGCUAUUUUUAAUUCCACGAAACCCUCCGCCCAAACUGAAGUCAAAGAAAUGGUCGAAGCGCUUCCUGUCGUUCGUUGAUAAUUGCCUGGUCAAGAACCAUCUGCAUCGACCGGCCACCGACGCCCUGCUGAGACACGCCUUCAUCCGAGACCUAGCCAAUGAGAGACAAGUUCGCAUCAUGCUCAAAGAUCACUUGGACAGGACCAGGAAAAAGAGAGAGAAAGAGGGUCCAGAAUAUGAGUACAGUGGCAGUGAAGAAGAUGAGGACGAGGUUACAGAGGAGGAAGGAGAGCCAAGCUCAAUCGUGAAUGUUCCCGGUGAGUGGACGUUGAGACGGGAGUUCCUGCGUUUGCAGACAGAAGAUCGUGAAGGCGGCAGAGAGGGAGGUCAGGAAGGAAGUGCUGCUUAUCAGAGACAAGCGUUACAGCAGCACAGGCAACAGUUGGCGGAGCAGGAGCGCUACAAGCAGCAGUUAGUGGCCGACAGACAGAAGAGGAUCCAACAGCAACACGAGCAACGGCUAAAGUUAGAGGCUCAGCAGAGGCAGCAGCUGGCGGACUGCGCCUUUCAGUGGGCGGAUCUUCAAGAAGUCUUGCUUGGGGAGGAGUCAGAUCUCCAUGAUAACAGAAUCUUACUGGACGGGCGAAACAGGAGGACCGACAGGAAGCCGGACCAGGCGGGCAGAAAGGGGAGUGCCGAUGUGUCAGUAAGGCCUCUGGACUUCCCAGCAGAGCAGAGAGCCGUGGCCCCGAAACAGCUGCUUCAGAGUAAGUCCCAGCACCCCCAGCACCAGCUUCAGCUGCAGUCCCAACCCCAGUCUGUGGCCCAGCAUCAGCAGCCCUCAGUGGCCAGACGCUCCCACCGCACCCUGCCCAAGGACCAAACCCAGCUCCUGUCGCUGCAGCACGACCACAGACACAGGGAGCGAGAGAGGCAGAGGCAGAGAGAGAGGCCUGUGGCAGCCGUCCAGAAGCUAACAGCUAAAAGUGGGAUUACAGUUGCUGCUGCCGCUGCUGCUUCCUCACCCAGCCGCCCUGCAAACAGCCAGCGCUCAGUGAUGGACAUCCAAGAAUCCAACUUGGCCCGGCUGCUCUUGGCUGCUGGUCUUCCCAGCCAGGUGCACACGAGGAUGGGCUCUGGGAGCAGCUCUAGUCCAUGUACCCCAGCCAUGCAGAGAGCUCACCUCAGCCAGAAUGCCAAUCUGCGCUCUAGUCGAGACGCCCCUCACAGCAGCUCCAUGUCAGAUAUGCCCCUUUCUCCCCUGUCGCCAUAUUCACCCAUGUCCAUCACCGAUGAUGUCUUCUGGGACUCAGUCGAUGAACCGCCUAAAGUCCCAGAACGCACUACCUCCAAGUUUUACUGUAGAGAGCUGGUGAUGGGACACAGGAGAGCGGCUUCAAGUGGCGGCUCAGUGUCUGCAGCAGAUAAAAGCGGAAGGUCUCAGUCCCACGUCGUCUCCCCUACCAGCAGCAGGCCCCCAGGUUACUUUAAGCUGGAGAGUCCUCUUCUAAAUCACCGUCUCCAGCAGCACAGAAGCACAAGAGAAAACAUGACCGGCGGGCAUCCACAAGGUGUAAAGUCUGCGCUUGUCCGGCUCAACAAAGCCACAGAGUACUCCUCUUCCAGUGAUGAGGUCGGCAGCAGUGAUGAUGAAGAGAGGAACAGGUCUGCUCUGUCCAAUGGAAAAGGGAAAUACUACAGACGAAUACCUGAUGGUAUCGUCCUGCAACCUCACCACAAUCUGCACCAGACUUCUCGGCUGGGUUCUGACGAUACUUACCUGCUGCCAGACCUUCUGCAGAAAACCUCCCACUGCAGUCCUAACCAUAAUGCACUAUGCCAACAGCAGCAAACACGUGAACUCAGCUACUCGCAGUCGCCCACGGCCCCUCGAUGCCCCACACAUCAGGACCUCAAUUCAAAUAUGGCUGUCAGCAGUCCUACUGGUAAAAACACCUGCUCAACUUCCUCCUUCAUGUCCUUCAUCGAUCCAAGAUUGAUCCCCAUAUCAUCGCCGCCACAGAGCCCCACUGGUGUUAAGGGUGAGCCAAUCAAGAGAGAGAACCACAGGAAGGGCUCUGUGGUGAAUGUGAACCCGACCAACAUUCGACCACAGAGCGACACUCCAGAGAUCCGCAAGUACAAGAAGAAGUUCAACACAGAGGUUCUCUGUGCAGGACUUUGGGGUGUGAAUCUGCUGGUGGGGACAGAGAAUGGUCUGUGGCUGUUGGACAGAAGUGGUCAAGGGAAAGUCUACUCUCUCAUCAGCAGGCGAAGGUUUCAGCAGAUGGAUGUGCUGGAAGGACUUAAUGUGCUCAUCACUAUAUCAGGUAAAAAGAACAAGCUCCGUCUGUACUACCUGUCGUGGUUAAGGAAUAAAAUCCUCCAUAAUGACCCAGAGGUGGAGAAGAGACUGGGUUGGACCUCAGUAGGUGACCUGGAGGGCUGUGUCCACUAUAAAGUGGUGCGUUACGAGAAGAUAAAGUUCCUAGUGAUUGCUUUGAAGAAUGCUGUGGAAGUGUACGCCUGGGCACCAAAGCCCUACCACAAGUUCAUGGCCUUCAAGUCUUUCAGGUCUCUGCCUCAAAAACCACUGUCUGUUGACCUGACAGUGGAGGCAGGUCAAAGAUUAAAGGUCAUCUACGGUUCCUUGUCCGGGUUCCACGCCAUCGAUGUCGACUCUGGAACACCGUACGACCUCUACCUGCCUACUCAUAUCCAGGGCUCCAUCCGUCCCCACGCCAUCAUCAUCUUGCCAAACAGCGCUGGAACGGAGGUUCUGGUUUGCUACGAAGACGAGGGCGUCUACAUUGACACCUACGGCCGGAUCACCAAGGAUACAGUGCUGCAGUGGGGGGAGAUGCCUGCAUCAGUCGCCUACCUGCAGUCUAACCAGGUGAUGGGUUGGGGAGAAAAGGCAAUUGAACUGAGGUCUGCCAACACAGGAAACCUGGAGGGAGUCUUCAUGCACAAAAAGGCCCAGAAACUCAAGUUUCUCUGUGAGAGGAAUGAUAAGGUGUUCUUCGCCUCAGUGCAGUCGGGAGGCAGCAGUCAGAUUUACUUCAUGACUCUUGGACAGAACUCUCUGUUCAGCUGACUCGUGUUGACCUCCAUGGGCAGAAGACAAGGAUCAACUAAAUUCUCCUGGAUGCAUCACUUAUGUCUAGUUUCCAUGUAUGGAUCCACAGUUGAGUUGACCAUGAUGCCAGCGGCAGAACAAAAUGCUUGAAUCCAUCGCCCCACCCUUGAUUUUUGCAGCGGCAGCAGCACAAAAUUCUGGACAUCACGGUUGCCUCACUUGUCAAUGGAAGAGUAAUCUUUACAUGCCUGAUCACUUUGGUCAUCAUUUGAUCAUUCUGAGUAUGUGGCCAGUUCUCAUGAACAACAGAUCACUGGUCAACAUCUGGCCUCAAGAUUCCUCUUCACAUCUGUCCGACACCACAGGAGUCUAUUCAGUUUGUACCAUAUUCAGCUCAUCUCUCCGGGAUCUGUUAACUUUUCUGAAGGGCACCAUUGUUAACGGUAACUUUGGUAUUUUUAUCUGUUAUUCACUUCUAUCCAUUUGCCUGGCUGUGGCUUGUGACUGGAUCAUCUGCUUCGCUCGCAUGCAAGCAGCCACUGUGCGAAAAGGAGUGAAAGCGACAAAAGAAGCUGUUACUCAACCAUGUUCCCUCUGAGGGGCCAGAUGUUGGGGCCAAAAUGUGGACUGAGUUGGACGGUAACCUUAUGUCAUCACAGAAUUUUGUUGUGGUUGCUUGAAAGAAGCUAGUUACUCUGGGUGACAGUGAGUCAGCAUGCCCAUUACCGUUAUAGACCAAAUCAGUUAUAUUUAGCUGUAUCGUUAGCUGUAAUUAUACCGUCGAUGCAAACCUUAUAGUGAAGACAAAAGUCAUGAUUAAGAUGCACAAUAUCCUUGCACCAUAGUUAUCUUUGACUAUUAACAGAUCAUUCUGUUCUAAUUAAUGAGAUUUCAAAUUCUUUCUCUGCUAAGCCUGAAAUCAGUUGCUAAUUUAUCCAAUACAUUUUCUUAUGCAAACCGCUUUGGAUCAGUCCUUUCUGAGCGUUAGCUCUAUUUCAGAUCUGCACUAUUUUACUUUAGUCUUUUAAUGGUUUAAUUAAGGACCUGGAGAGCCUUUAACUUUACUGUAGGAGCCAUAAUUCAGAUGUACAGCAUCAAUAGUAAAGACACAAAUCAACUCCACUCAAAGGCAGUGAAUGCUUUUUUUGUUUUCUUGCAUCUAUUGUGUAAAUACUGAUGUAACAAGCACUGUUUUUUAAAUAUUGUAUAAUUGUCAGGACAUCUUGAUGUACAGUAUGUGUACAGAAGUAUAGGCUAAUGAAUGUGAACUUCUAUCCCAAAGCAGAGUUAAGAGUGUUAUUUCCAUGAUCCUAGAACACUUGUGAACAUGGACAUGAGCUACUGACAGUGAACCUGAAGGCUCAUAUCCAUGUGUUUAAGAACAAAAAAAGGAUCAUGUGAAUUCUGUUUUGUGGUUGAUUUUCUCCUAACAUGUAUAAGUCAGGCUUUUUGCACAAUGGCCUCUCUGUACAUGUUUUCUGUAAUAUAUCAUACUUUGAAAUUGUUUUUAUUUUUCAAAGUGGGAAACAUUUCAAGUCAUUCUCUAGUCCUGUCAGUGUGUAAGAGAUCACUGCGAGCCGUUGGCUUUAGACCUGUUUCUUCACCACCCAACAUGGGACGCACAGUUGUUUUUAUUGGGUCAUCUUGAGAAAUAAUUAUUUUUUGUUGACUCUUGGUCUGAAGAGAUGCAAUUAGCUGGGCUGAAAAAGUUAAAAGCCCCAUUUUAUAAUAUUUAGUAUGUUUUCCUUUUCUUUUUUUAUGUACACAAUGAGCUUAAAAGCAAGAAACUAAAGAUCAAAGGCUUUGAUUUUUGGUUUCCCUUGAUAAUUAAUGAAAAGAGAUCUGACAAAAAAGAAUCUAUAUCGGAGAAACACCCAGGGUUUGGGGUGUAUUAUUUAACAAUGUUCAAAAGACUCAAACCAACAUAUCAGCCUACAAAACCCCUGGACUGGUGUGUUUUGCUAAUUCUUACAGAUAUGCAAGUUAUUGUUUCUAGCCUUCUUACAUUUAAUAGCCUACAUUUAUGUUUAAGACAGUAUUAGAUUUGGUGAAAGUGAAGUUAUUGGGUUUUACCUUCAAAUGUGAAUUUUCAAUUUGUUCAUUUCAGAUUCAUUUUCACUUUACCAGUCUUUUUAUUCCUUCGUCCGAUUUAGCUUACACAGCUAGUUAUACAUUCCUCUCUAUAUUGUUAUUACUCUUGGGUUUUGUGACUAUCAGACAUUGUGCCAAAUGUUUUAUAUCCAGUGAUACAUUGAGUUUUUAUUGAUGUCAUAUUACAGCAGCUGGUUCUGUGAGAGUAAUUUAAACUGGAAUACAAACGUUCUGAUAUUGCUCAGUUGCUAACAAAAACACAGGACCAGAUAUCUAGCUACACAGGAAUUUAAAUGUAUGCUGACAGAUGCAGAAUAUAGCUAACAUGGGCUAAUAUUUUUGAACUAUUUAAGCUACCUAGUGUAAUGCAGAGUUUCUAGUUAGCAUGUGGCUGAGAUAGCAACUCUUGGUAGGCAAGCUAACAUUUGCUUAGCUGUGUAAAGUUUCAACACAAUAUUGGUUCAAAAUGGUGGAGAUUAUUUCAAACUCUAUUUACAUUUAUAUGCAGUACAUGUUUUGCAUAAUAAACUUUUAGCAAUUCAAAUUCAUUUAAAUAUCAAGCAAGUCACAAGGGUUCACUUUUUUACUUUUGAAUCUUGACCACUUCAUUCAGUUACACAAUACAUAAGAAUUAUCCAUCCGGCAGAAGAAAUGUAACAUUAGCAUCAGGCCCCUUGGCUACUUUGUGUUAGAUUAGUCUUCAACUACAACAGUGAUUCAACCAACUGUCCAGUGUACAGUAAAGACAGUAUUUGCUUCUCCUAUAUAUGCAUACGUAUACAUGUGCGUACAAACACGUAGUAAUCAAAACCUACUUUUUUCAUUCAUUACAUUAUACAUCCAAUAAUGUAUUAAAUCAUCAUAUGCAAUUUUAUUACAAUGACAGAUUUGAUAAUGAUUUGGACUAAAAACUAUUACUAAAUUUAGUCUUGAGUUUGGAGUUAUGUUGUGUUGAUAUUUGAGGAAAAGAAGUUUAUUUUAUUAUCAUUAUUGUGAAACUGCCAUUUGACAACAUAUUUUCAUUGAUCAGUAUGUUUCUUUUAAUCUGUAUCUUUCUUCCACCUGCUCCAAGAAACAGCACAGAAAUCAGCUCAUAUUCAAACUUAAAUCAGUGUCGUGCCUAAAGAUAUGUGUUGAUCUGAAUGAUCCAGAGAGCUAUUUUAGAUACGGACAUUUUCUUCCUCAGCUUCACUUUGUCGUCUGCUGAACAUUUGACUAUAGCUCUGUCACUAAUGAGCGAGAAAGAGAUCAGUGCACCUCCUCCCACACCUUCCACUGUUUCAGGCUCGCUGUGACUCACUUCUCUAACUCCCACCAACUCUUCUUCUCUCAUUUUGUCAACACAUCUCUUCUCUCUGCUGCGUCUUAUUCCCUCAGCUCUCUCCUCAGCCUGCUAUCGUCUGGCUCUCUAGUGUCUAACACCAUUCUCCUGAUCAGUUUGUUCCUCAUGUCUCAUUCUGGAUUGUCUUUGUUUCUCUUGUGUCAAAUCUCUCCGUUCACCCCCAGCCCACCUUCAGCCUAUUGAGGACCUUUUUGAUAUUGGGACUGAAUUGAGUACCUUUAUUGUUCUGUUAAAUCAUCUGAAUUAAGACGUUAAGUAUGACGAAUAGGAGACUGAUGUAUAUUGUAUCACAUUUCUUAACUAGUACAUACAUCACAUUAUUUCCUUUACACCACAACACUGUCCCUCUCCCCCAAUCUGUCCUUUUGCUGUUUGUUGGAGUGGGCGGAAAAAUUAUGCAGAAAACUGAAUGAAUAUGCACUAAGUUUGCCAUGUUCCCUUACACCAAGGCUAUGUAACUUGUGGCAGUUGCACAGCAAUGCUAAAUGCUAAAACUUAACAUAAAAACAGGUAGCAAGGAUUCACAAGGUUAGUGAUUAGCAUUGUCACAUGCUUGCCAAUAUCUUAGGUUUGCUAACAUUUGCUACUGCAAGCUACCAUGGACAUACCAGACAGAGUGAGGCUCUGGAGGGUAGUGUACUGAUCACGGGUGCAUUCUUUUAAUAUAACUUUAUUUUGUUUCUUCUUUCAAAAGUUACGUAGUUCUGUUUAAAGUGCUGCAACGGUUAUUCUCCAUUCUGUGUACGAAUAAGAGUCCGGAUGAGCAAUGCAGGUCAAAAGAAAGUGUGUGUUUGUGUGGGAGGGUGUGACGAAGACUGUGAGCAGGUGUUUGCUGAAGCAGAAUUGAGUCUGCGAAGGAAGAAAGUGUUAAGAAGAGUUAGAGGAGGACGCUGGUGGCUUGAGUGAGGUGUCGCCUAACAGAAGGAACAAAGUUGUUGCUUAAAAACACAAAUCCACAAUUGCAAAAAGGAAUUUACUGCCAUCCUCGAAGCACAAAGUAUAUUCAAGAAAAACGUUGGAAAACUCUUGUUGAAAGUCAAACUAUUUACUGAGAUGGAGCACCACACUGCACAUGUGGAUUGACAAUUUAUAGAUGAUGAUGGCAACAAAUGUUAAACACCAAUAGGCUGAUAGCAAUUUCCUAGUAUUGUCUGUUUACGGGGGAUAUUUUCCAGAAGUUGAGAUUUAACAUCUGUCAGUAUUUUUGAAUUUUUAUUUUCAGUUGAGACUUACAGGACAAUUGUGUUGAAAUUCACAGAAAUUGAGAUUAUAAAAAACAAGUGUUAAUAUUAUGUAUUCCAGAAUAUAUAUUUCUUUUUGAUUCCAUGCCUCUUGUGUUGUAAGGAUGAUUGUUACUUUUUUGCACUGGACCUACAGUAUGUUUGAUUGACUGACAUUGACUGUACCCCUGUUACCUUGAGAUGAACCCACACUUGUGUUUCCAUGUAAAGAUGCAAAAGACAUUGAGGCAGCAAUAAAAACGUCUAAUUGAGUCAAA